AGCCCCCUCCCUCUCCUCCCUCUCCCUCUCCCUCUCUCCUGCAGUUUGAUUUGCCUCCCUAAUUGACCUAAAUAAAGCUCCUGAGUGACAAGGCACUUCUAGGGCCCCCAGGCACUGCACACUACUAAGCAGAGAAGUGAGCUCAGCUCAUCCUCCUCCUGAUCUCCAGCAAUUCUCCUUCUUCUCUCCCCUUCAAUAAUCCAAUUUGCUGAUCAUUCUCGUCCAAUCGGAGAAAUUCUGCACAGCGGUUAGCUGGCCUGACAUUUUUAUUUGCUUUCUGAUCGUCUUUUUAUGUGUGUGUGGGAGAGCAGCGCUGCUCGGAGGAGAUGACUGCUCAACAUCUGCUACUACUACACCAUCAUCAUCGCUCCCCAUAGAAGGCGGCGGCGGUGAGCGCUGUGCCUGGGCAGUGGGCACCAACCUCCUCCACCUAUACCUACCUCACUCCUUCUCCACCCAUCCACCAUGCCCGAUGACUCCACCGACACCCAGACCUCUACCCCGGCCAGGGUCUCCUCCUUCUUCAUCGAGAAUCUGCUGGGCACCGGGGCCAAGGACAGCAAGAAGCGGGCCAGCCCGGAGGAUGGGCACCCGGGGCAGACUAAUGGAGUGCCAAUCAGCCAUCUGAGCUCGGUGUGCUGCCAGCUCUCCCCCUACAACUACAACCCCCAACAUGGCAUCUACCCACUGCGGGAGAACACCAUGGAGUGGUACAGGAGGGCGCAGGCCACCUACAUAGGCUGCACCAGUCCGGAAACAAGUGACAGAGAUUCUCCUGAGAUCUCAGAAGGUGCAGAGAGACACUACAGUAGAGGAUAUAGGAAACAUAGCAGUGAUGCCUCUGAAGACAAGAGAGAGGACUUCCCCUGCAAGGAGGAGGAGAAAGCUGAGCAGGACUCAGACCAGAGGUCAUCCCGCAAGAAGAAGACCCGCACUGUGUUCAGCAGGAGCCAGGUCUUUCAGCUGGAGUCCACCUUUGACAUGAAGAGGUACUUAAGCAGCUCUGAACGAGCCGGCCUGGCGGCCUCCCUCCAUCUCACAGAGACACAAGUAAAAAUCUGGUUUCAGAACCGCAGGAACAAAUGGAAACGGCAACUGGCCGCUGACCUGGAGGCUGCCAACAUCUCCCACACAACCCAAAGGAUAGUCAGGGUGCCCAUACUGUACCAUGAGAACUCUGCUGCCACUUCCUUGGGUUUCAGCUUGCCACACAUCUCCCCACCUUUGGUAGGCUUCUCCAGCUCUGUUAACUAUCCCCUGACCACCUUUCCAAACUCAGUACCCUUUAUAAGAUCACAGAUGACUGGACUGGUCUGAGAACUCUGCAUCCCUAAUGGGACUUUUUGCCUACCUGUUUUGUAUGAACUGCAUAUCUUUAUUUACGGCAUACUUGAUUUUCUUGCAUUUCAACUAAAAACGUGCAAUAGCUUUGACUUGGGAGUCACUGCAAACAAUACAACAACAUGAUGGCGCAAAUAAACCUUUCUUUUUGUACUUCCAAAGAAA